GAUGACGGUUACACGAUUGAAACGACCAACCUUACAAUAUAUGGGGGUGGACACUUCACCACACACGGUAGAUUACAUAUCAACGCUCAACAUUAUCUUGCUGUUUAAUCUGGUGGGAGGAUUUCUGUGGAUGGAGCUGGAUUCAAUGCAACUAAUGGAGUCACUGCUUCCACUGGUAAAUCAUCAUCAUCGGGUGGUAGUGGAGGUGGUUAUGGUGGUUCUGGUGGUACAGGGCGUGGUGCAUCAGUUGUGGGGAUACCUAACACCUUGUUCAAUGUACCCGAUGCAUUUGGUGCAGCAGGUGGGAAUGGCACAGGGGUGGGAACGUAUUACUUUGGUGAUGGAUACCUUGGGAACUUACCACAUGCUUAUGGUAUGGGAGGUUCUGGUGGAGGUGCGUUGAAAAUACAAUCCCACCAUGUUCAUAUUGAUGGAGUGGUUUCAGCUAAAGGAUCUCGAAUCAAUACCAAACUAAGUAACACUGCAGGUGGUGGAUCUGGAGGUAGCUUAUGGAUCAACUGUGAUGUUAUGGAUGGUUAUGGUUCCAUUGAUAGCAGUGGAGGUAAUGGUGCUGGGUAUGGUGGAGGUGGUUCUGGUGGGAGGAUUGCAUUGUACCACAGACAUAGUGAUUAUAAUGGAACUCUAUUAGCAUAUGGAGGCCACAGUGCUUGGGAGACUGGAGCAGCAGGAACUGUUUACAUUGAAAAGGGAGAAGAAAACAAGACGAAGAAGCUAAUGGUGGACAACGGCAACCAACUUUAUCCACGUGGAUCUGACAAACGUGGGAAACUUAAUCUUCAUAAUGGAAGAUAUGGAGACAUCUCAUUACUUGGUGCCAUAACAUGGUUGUUACCACCACCAUCAAACACCUUCGUUCUCGAUGAAAUCCAAGUAUCAGGGAACGCGGAAGUUGCCACUAAACUGUCUGGAGAUGAUGUAAUUUAUGCUGAUGUUGGGAAACUAUCUGGUGAUAGAAGUGGUGUGAUAUAUAUUGGACCUGAACAAGAUUUCAACUUUGAAGAAGCAGACCAAGAUUAUCUACCAGUCAAUACACAACUAUAUCAAGAUGGCCAACUAACAUUACCAAAGCACAUGACAGUGCGUGAGGUAUGGUUGGAACUCAAUGGUGUGUUGAACAACACUGGUACCUUGGUGGUUGAAAGUGAGGGUGAGGUUACCAUGUGGUCGCAUGCCGCAUCUACACCUCAUAUGUUUGAAGAACAACUCAAUAAUUCAGCAACCAAUGAUUCGUUUGGACUCGUGGAGUCAAGGUUUAAACUUCAUGAGUUGUUGGUGAAAGCUGAUGGCACAGUUAACGCGUAUUCUGCUGAUCGAUUAGACCACAGCAUUAAACUAGAUAUCGGGCAAGUGUCUGUAAAACGUGGAGGUUUUAUUCUUACAGACAACUUUCAACUGGUGUCAGAUAAUGUUACAAUUGACCAUGGAGGCACUUUAUCAGCCAACGGUGGUGGCUUUGAUGCAAACAGAGGGCCAGGGGCUGGAGCUUCUAAGUAUGGGAACAUGCUUGGUGGAACAGGGGGUGCGCAUGGUGGUAGAGGUAGCCCACCCAACUAUGGGUUGAGAUCAUCAUUCGCUUAUGAUGUGUUUGAUGAUCCAACACAACUUGGUAGUGGUGGUGGUGCAAGUGGUGGAAGGGGUGGAGGCCUGCUUGACUUACGAGUUAGACAAGGUGUUCGUAUUGAAGGAGAUGUGAAAGCAGAUGGUAACGUAGCAUCUACAGAUGGUGGGGGUGGCGCUGGUGGAACCAUCAGAAUACAUUCACCCCAUGUUGAUGGUGCAGGGAACAUAACUGCUAAUGGGGGACAAGGCACAAGACAUGGUGGUGGUGGAGGCGGUGGUCGUAUAUUCAUUGAUAGCCAGUAUCUAUAUACCUUCCAUGGUAGUGUUGAAGUGCAUGGUGGUGUUGGUGGUAUUGCUAGGAGAGGUGGUUCUGGUACGGUGUUCGUACGAUCCAAUGAUUUGCAUGAACAGGAAACUAUUGAAACUUUAACGGUUGACAAUGGUAACAACGUGAACUCCAACCAUAGAAUAAAAGAAGUUAAAAACAUUAACCUCGCUGGCCCGUAUUCAACCUCAGGCACCAAUGCAAGAUCAUUAAGUCUAUACAGCGGUGCUACAGUAACAAGUUCACAUAAUACUGAUAAUUACUGCUGUCCUGGAUCAUACUGCAGAACAUGUUAUCAUAGUUUGAUCAACCUAGUUCAUGGUAAUGGUCGAGAUAACGUGAGAUAUCAAGCUAAAAGUGGAUCAGCUGAUGUCCUUGUAACAAUCACACUACCCUUCCCCAUCUACAUCGACCAUUUGAAAGUCUUUCCACAUUGUUCAACAGGCUCACAAAACACUGCACAUUCCAUUGAAGUUGGCAUAGAUGGAGUACAUACAAGCAUCACUAAUGGAUACGUCAAUACAUUGUAUUGUGGAACACAAGCUCAUGAGAAUAACCAUGCAGAGUAUUUUGUUAAUGCUAAAAUUAACAAGGUUCUCAUACGGCUCCGCGCAAGUAACAAUGCAGCGAUGAACAAAGUUGAGUUAUGGGCACGUGAUGACCCUGUUGAUGUUAAACAACAACUAUACACAACAACACCUGACUCUACAUGGAUACUUGGGUCAAGGAACAUGCAUUUUGACCAGUUCAUUUUAUCUGGAGGAUCAGUUUUAAACAUGGAGGGCAAUGGAAGUUUGGCGGCAAAUGAAAUGCUUGGAGAUAAAACAUCCCUCAUGAUGGUUCGACAAAACCAGACUUUCCAAAGCCAUUCCACCAAAGGCCACGUCAUACCAUUGUCGAUUAAUGCAUUUGAGAAUUCACAAGUUGAGUUGGGAGAUAUCCUGUCUUGUAGGGAAGUGGAUAUUACUGUUAGAGGAAAACUGGGUGACAUUGAUUCUCUCACCAUUGGAUCACAUUGUAAUGUUGUCCUGGAACAUCAGCAUUCAUCUUCUACCAUGGUGAUGAAGAACAUAACCAUGAAAACAUUCGCCAACUUGGAUGUUCGUACAAGAGGACAAUAUGUUACAACUUUACGUGGAGAUAUAUUAAACAUGAGAAGUGGGGCUACCAUUACAUCUAAUGACCUGAGAUUGGAAUUCAUAAACAUGACGUUGCAUUCUGCUUCAGUAUUGUCAGUUUCCCAUGGAAGACCUGACGAUCUAAAUUCAGAUGAAGGAACUGGGAGAGACAGUGUGAGUGGUUGUUCUGGUGGUAGCCAUGGUGCUACUGGUGGACGAGGUGCUGGUCAAACAUCAUCUGGUGUUCCAUAUGGUUCCUAUGUAUCUGCUGUUGAGUUUGGAAGGGAUGGUGGAAGAUCUGUGUUCCCUUAUGCUGGUGGAAAAGGGGGAGGUCGGCUCUUUAUAAACGUCACUGAUUACUUGAAGGUUGAUGGAUCAAUUACAGCAUCUGGUGGAUCAUGGCGAUCUGUGCGUGCUGGUGGUGGCAGUGGUGGUAGCAUACAAAUAUAUACAAAGGAUUUGGAAGGAGAUGGAAACAUAGAAUCUUCUGGUGGAGAUGGUUAUAGUAAUGGUGGUGGUGGUUCUGGUGGAAGGGUGGCAAUAUAUUACGUGCACAACCAUUAUCUUGGCCAAUACAUGGCAGUUGGUGGAUUGGGUUAUGAGGUUGGAGGUGCAGGUACCGUUUACCUUCAUAAACUUCCAACCACAUCGGAUGUUAUCUUGAUUGAUGCUGCAACUGUGGAAGGGAGAGUCCUCCAUGACUCCAAUGUUAGCCAACCUACCACAAACAGGACAUUGUAUAUCAACAACCUUGGUAGAAUGGGGUUGAAUCCAACCUCGAACCUCACCAACUACUAUGCCAAUGUUGCUCAGGCAACUGCAGUCACUUGGUUAAACCCAGUAAGCUCAAGCAAUCCUGAGUUUGUGUUGGAUGAGAUACACACGUAUGGCGGUGCAACUCUGGCUUUUGUUGGACAAAAUUCAACCGACAGUUUGAACAUACGAGUUGGAGCCUUGAGUGGAGAUAGAAGCGGUCGUCUCAUCAUUGGACCUUACCAGUACUUCCAUGCUGUGGAGUCAUUGCUACCAAGCAACACAGAUAUUUAUAGAAGGGGUGUUGCUGAAUUAAAGGGAGAACUCAAGGUUGAGGGAGUUACUGUAAGAGUGGAAGGUGUAUUACUGGAUGCUCAAAAUAUUACUGUAACUGAUAAAGGUCGCCUAGAGUUGUAUGAAAUGAUUCACGUUAAUGGUUCCAACACACCAACCGUGGAAUUCCAUACAAUGCAUGUUCGUAAUGGAGCUUCCCUAUAUACAAGGAAUGGGUUGGAUGUGCGGAAAUUAAGUGGGAAAUACCUAGAGGUGUUUGGAUUAGCUGAACUUAGUAGUGUCAACCUUCACCUUGAUGUUGAUACUUUACAAGUUGAUCCACUUGGUUCAAUCAAUGUGGAUGGGGUUGCUAGGAAUACACUUGGUGAUGCUGAUCGUGCUGGUACUGGGGGUGCUCAUGGAGGUUCUGGUGGUUCAGAUCUAACAUCAGAUGCAAUGAGAAAGGGUUACGGUUCAGUAAAGGAACCGAUAGAGUUUGGUAGCGCUGGUGGUAACGGUGCAUUGGGUGGUGGGAUCCUACGUGUUGAUGUGAGUGGUAUGUUACGUGUGGAUGGAAGUAUCUGUGCGAAUGGAGCACCAGCUACAAAUGUAGGGGGUGGUGGCAGUGGAGGGAGUGUUUAUAUCAAUACAUAUCGGCUCGAGGGAGAUGGGACCAUAGAGGCCCAAGGUGGUAAAGGUGGAAGAGAUAGUUACAAUAACUAUGGUGGUGGAGGUGGUGGUGGAAGAAUGGCAGUUAUAAUGACAGAAAAUCCAAACUUCCAGGGUAAGUUGCUUGUGGCUGGUGGUGAUGGAGGCCAUAGGAACGACCCAAGUCGUGGACGAGGUGGGGCUGGUACAGCUUAUACUUUACAUCUCGCUCAUAUGGAUAAAACUACAAACGCAAGUGAUGGAACAACUGAUGAGGAUAAAGAGACCUUGAUUAUUUCAAACAGGGAAUCAAAGCAUUGGAGAACUGGAAGGCCAGAGCAUGUUCGAACAUGGGUUACUGUACCAUGGACAACACUGUAUGAAGGCUAUGCCAAUGAAGCAACAUUCACACAUGCAUAUUUUGGUGGGCAUGCCCAUAUUGAAAUACUUCCUGUGGAUAAUUCAAGUCAACCUGUUGCUCUACCUCUGGCUCAUAAGCGAAUAAUUGAGUGCAAUGAUGUACAAGGUGAUGGAACUGCAACAUUGUAUUCGCUUUCGAACCAUGUAUUAGAUUUAGAUUCUGCAUACAAUGGUCCAGUAACUCUUCCACUUAACACAGUAAUUCGUAGGGGCGGUGAAUUGAUCUUACCCAGACAAACCAAACUGGUUGGUGUAUCAAUGAGAUUGGAUGGCGGUAGUGUGACUAGUCUACAACGUCUGAAUAUAUCUCAUGAUGCUUCUGUAUACGUCACUCAUAAGGCAAACAUCAAUUCAAACCAAGAUGGCUUAUUAAACCUGGAAGCCAUUAACAUUGCAAGUGGUGGUGAACUGAAAUGCGAAUCAGAUAAGAGGAUUGAAAGUUUGAACAUGGUUAACAUAUCUCUAUCAGAUCAUAUUACUGUUCAAGCUAAUGCGAGAAUUUGGUGCAGUUACUUGAACAUUGAAGCCUCCCACAUUGAAAUUGACGCGAAUGGUCAAGUGGACGCAUCCCGUGGCGGCCAUCUUCAAAAUGAGGGUCCGGGAGCUGCAGCGGACCGCACCAAAGUCCGCAACUCUGUUCCUGGAGGAUCCCAUGGAGGUAGGGGAGGAAGAAGUGGAUCAAGUAUCUCUUAUCCUACAGAGUAUGAUAUAAGUGGAAGUGGCGCCGCUUAUGGAGAUUAUAAAAACCCAACUCAUUUUGGAUCUGGAGGUGCUGGCUCAGGGGAGGAAAUAUUGGGUGGUGGUGUUAUUCACAUUACAUCGCAUGGUGAUUUUGUAUUGGACGGUAUGAUCAAAGCUAAUGGUGAAACUGCUAAUGUUGCUGGAAAUGCUGGCGCGAGUGGUGGAAGUAUUCUUAUCAAAGCUAACCAACUAUCAGGAAGUGGGCAAGUAGAAGCUGAUGGUGGCGCAGGGUCUUGUGUACGACAUUGCAGCAGAUGUGACGCAUACAGACGUUGCACUAGAUGUGGUGCUGGAACUUACUGGAGGAAUUACUUGUGUGUACCAAACCAUUAUCAUCAACAUACACUUUAUGAAAUGGUUGCUGGUGGUGGUGGAGGCGGUGGAAGAAUAGCUUUACACAUCGACACACAUGAUAUGUUCAAUGGUAAACUAAAAGCAUUUGGUGGACGUAGUACAAGUGAAGUAGGUGGUGCUGGAACUGUGUUUGUUCAAGUGAAUUCCACCAACACAUCACUCACAGUGGAUAAUGAUGGACUACAACCUUAUUCACCAUAUAUACCUGAAACAACUCGAGCAGAGCAUGACAGUGGACGAACUUAUGUCUUAUUGAAUGACGUUUCUACCCAACAUACAAUUUACCAUCUUGAUAUUAAGGGAUCUGCUCAUAUUAUUUUCGAAAAGGCUGGAGAUGAGGAAGAUGAGAUUAGAUUGAACAUCAACCAACUAAAAGGAGAUCAAACCGGUUUCAUCCACCUUACACCAGAAGUACAAAUGUCGUUUGGUGAAGAUACUAUGUCACCAUUCCCAUCCGCACUACGGGUUUAUCCACAAACCAAGAUAUCUCUUCCCACUUCAGUUUAUUUCAGCAAGCUGGCGUACAAGGACAUUCAUGUAUCUGGUUUGAUUACCAACCUUGAUAAAUUAACAAUCGGUGAAAAUGUUGUUGUUCAUAUCCACGAUGGUGGUAGAGUGGCACCAAGCGAUGAUAAUCAAUUACUUGAUCGACAUUUCGAGAUGGCUUCCCUUCAUAUAUUAACUGAUGGCAAAUUAGAAGCUGGUUAUGAAAACAACCAAGUUCCACCAAACGCUCUUCCAUCCUUGACACUAAACAUGACAGAGGAUCUGAAACUUCACCCUGGCUCACAGAUGAGGGUUCCAUGGUUGGAUAUACAGGCGGUCACCAAUGUUAACAUUGACACAUCAGCUCUCAUAACAGCAGUUGGGUUGGGUGAUGAUAAUGUAGCAGGCGGUGUCAAUUCUAUUGAUGGCGGAGCAUCAGGUGCUGGACACGGUGGCAGUGGUGGUGAAGGGAGAGAUCAAGGCACAGUUGGCCCAGCAUUCGGAUCCAUGUACAGCCCAUGUCAUCUUGGCCACGGUGGUGGUAACUCUGGCCAGCAAUAUAAAGGUGGCAGAGGUGGUGGUGCAGUUUGUAUAUCUGCAACUGGGUAUGUGGAAGUAGACGGAAUAAUUGAUGUCUCGGGUGCUAAUGGAAAUGUAAGGGAUAGCACAGCUGGUGGUGGUGGUGGCUCUGGUGGAAGUAUUCUCAUUAAGUGCAACGCAUUCAAAGGCAGUGGGACAUUGGUAUCAAAUGGUGGUACAGGAGCUGGAGGUGGUGGCGGUGGAAGGAUUGCUACUUGGUUCAAAAAUUCCACAUUUGUUGGGAAAUCUUUUGCUCAAGGUGGUAAAGGAACAUUUGAAAGUGGUGGUGCAGGCACAAUGUUGUGGCGAAAGCAAGUAGAAGAAAGUGGUAACUUUACAAUGACUUCUUCACAAAACUAUUAUGAAGACACCCUGACAGUUGAUAAUGGAGCCAACCCACGAUCCAGACACCGAUAUAUCAACUUUGUUGACUUAUUAGACCAUGGUUCACAAGGAUAUGAGGGCGGAAGGACCUUUAUAAUGGAUGACAAUGGUGCUGAAGAUAUAGAGAAUGUUAAGCUUGUUUCUCUUACAAUGAAUGGGCACGCCACACUUGCUUUAUUCCCAACCACACAAAACAUGUCUAUGGAGAUUGCUAGAAGUGAAGGGGAUAGAACUGGUGUGCUGCAUCUUGGGCAUUAUCAGAGCCUUGACCUAUCCCUCCCAUCCACUUCCCCUGAGUUAAAGUUUGGGGUUGAGGUUUAUGAGAAUGCUCACAUGACAAGUGCGGGUACUUUGUAUAUCAACAAAGUUCAUGUUGCUAUUGGUGGAACAUUGGAUGGAGCUCAUACCCUUGAAGUUGGUCAUGGUGGAGUUUUGUACCUCAUGCCAAAUGCAAAUCUGAGCAUCAACCAUUCAAUUGAUUAUGUUAGAAACAAAACUGAAGAAACAUUGAUUGUGUUUAAGAAUAUAAUUGUUCAUGGUGGUGGUAAAGUGGUUGUGGGUGAUGGACCUGAAGGGGUUGUGUUGAAAGGCGAGUUCCUUCAUCUACAUGCAGGGUCUUUGCUACGUGGAGAUAAAUUAACUUUGGAAGUUACAAAGAUUUUGGUUGAAGAAGAAGCAAAGAUAAAGGUCUUAUGCAACCCACUGGUGUUUGAAUGUCUUGGGAGGGGGAUUUUGGUAAACAACCACCGUAGUUCUGGUGGAAGCCAUGGUGGGGUUGGUGGGCCUGCUUCUACAGUCACUACAACUAAUAGACAAGCAAGACCACAUGGAAACCUUACAAAACCACAAAACUUUGGCGAAAGUGGUGGCAGAGGCCGCAGUCUGGGUGGUGGUAUCUUACACAUCAUAUCAGAUGAUAUAACUAUUGAUGGAUCACUGGUGGCAUCUGGUCAAAAUGGAGUUAGUUUUCUAGACCAUGGCAAGAGAUAUCGUGGUGGUGGUGCUGCUGGUGGUUCUAUUUAUAUACAAGGGGGAACAUCAGUUAAAGGGACGGGUUAUAUUCAAGCAAAUGGUGGAAAAGGUUACCCAGGUUCACAAGCUGGAGGUGGUGGUGGUGGAAGGAUAGCCAUCUCUUACACAUCCACACUUGAACCCAUUGCUCCAAUACAGAUGGGAGAAUCGUGGAGUGGCGUGGUUGAAGCUCAUGGUGGUUAUGCACACUUCUUCCGCAGUGGUGCCAGUGGUACUGUUUAUUAUGAAGAAAACCGUUCUGGAACUAUUAAGCGAAAACUAGUGGUAGACAACAACAAAAAUCCAAUAAAAUCGCAACAAGAAGUGGUCACUUAUGAAUCCAUAAUGAAUGCAAUCGUAGCAACCACGUGGUUGGUGGUUGGACCUUCUAUUCAACCUGACAAUCCAAGUGAUGAACAAACAGUUAUAUCUCAAUUGAAGAGUGUCAGUGUAUUUGAUGAAUUGCAUGUACUUGGCGGAGCCCGCUUAGCUGUUAUUGCAACAGGCCAAGUAAAUGAAGACGUCAACACUCUACAAGUUACAAACUUAGUUGGGGAGAAUCCAAGGCUGACUAAACAACUGCCAACAAUAAACUUUGGACCCUACCAGCAUGUGAGCAUACAAACUGCACAAAGUUAUGUGAGCACUAACUUACAUGUCCACGAGAACGCACGCGUGUCUUUAUCAACUCUGCUAUCAAAAGACACGAACAACCCCACCUCCGUAAUGCUUGGUGCAAGGUUUAUAUUGGAAGGAAAAAUGAUUGGGUUUGGAAGUCUUAAGUUAAUUGAAAGCUCUAUAGAGUUUGGUGCAAAUGGAAGAUAUACAAAUAGAGUUGUAGAUUCCAAUGGAAUUGCUCUUCAAGCUGAUAGUUUGACCAUUGAAAGCAAAAGUUCAAUUAAAUUGCUGCCCGACAAUCUAUUGAAAGAAGGGGACAAUGUUAAUGUUGCUGCUGAAAUAUCUGUCAACAAUCUUGUGAUCAAAUCCCUUGGCAGUUUAGAAGGCAGGAGGUUGCAUAUUUCAUCAACUGUUGAUGUUCAAGUUGAGGUUGGUGGAGUUAUUACUGUGGAUGGGAUGGGAUAUAAACAAGGGGAAGGCAGAGGUUCAAGCAAAUCUGACAGCUACAGAUACAACGGUGGUUCCCAUGGUGGUACAGGUGGUUUGGUGACUAACAGGAUCUAUGAAGACAACGAUACCUACUCAUCACCAACUAACUUUGGUUCUGGUGGCGGGGGUAGGUUUGGUUCAAAUGGAGGCGGUGCAAUUCAUAUCCAAACAGCUACAUUGUACAAUGAUGGCUUGAUCACUUCAAGUGGAGCAACUGCUGUGGAUUCCAACAGACAAGGGGCUGGUGGUGGUGCCGGUGGUAGCAUAUGGAUACAGAUUGAAACUCUUGGUGGAUUAGGAAUGUACAGAGCAAACGGUGGUAGAGGAGACACUACAACAUCGGGUGGUGGUGGUGGUGGUGUUAUAUCCAUCGUAUACACCACAUUAUCAACUGAGGUAGCAGUGGGACGAUUCACAGCCUACCCUGGCCAAGGAUACGUACCUGGGGGUCCAGGUGUGGUGUAUAUAUCAUGUACAUCACACGCUUCCCCUCCUACAACUGUGGUUCAACAUAACAACCCGUUACUUGCCAAACUACCCAGCUAUGGAUACAAACAGAUUGUUAUUCGAGGAGCAUCAUGGCAAAGCAUGGGCAAUGGUGGUUCGGCUGUAUUAGUUGGAGCAGCAACUAUCGAUGCUUUAAUCUUUGUGGGUUCACCUUCAAAGUUGAAGAUGGCUGACUUAUCCAGUACUGACAACUUAGUUGAUUUCUAUGUGGAGAAAAUAUCUGCGCGAUCUUACAACAACAUUAGAAGUGACUUGUCAUGUGUUGAGAUAGGGGACAAACACAGGUUGUACCUUGAAACCCUAUCAUCCGUCACUUCAACAUCCCAAUACAUUCUGCCUCUUGAUAUCAAUGUUGGUUAUGGUUCAGUUCUAACAUUGCCACAGUCCAAACCUACACUGCUGGUGGAAAAUAACCGAACCAUUACAUGGUGUGGUGGAGUUAAUGGGAUUCAGAACCUCUAUGUGUCAGAUAAUGGGGUCGUUAUGACGAAUUAUCCAGCGUUUAGUGGACUUGAUCAAGAACAAAGAGGCACAAUCCAGUUACAAAAAGUCAAAGUUUUACAAGGAGGAAAAAUAUUGAAGUCAUCAACAUGCGGAGCCAAUCCAUUCAACCAACGACUGCAACUCAACCUUGACGAGAUUCAAGUUGACGACAACGAUGAUCAAUUGCAAUCAUGGUUUGAAAUAGAUGCCACUAAGUUCUUACGACUCGGCAGUGACGAAAUAUUACAAGUCCCAUCCAGCCCAGCUUGCCCACAAGGGGAGCUUGAGCACAACCUGACCUCACCCUCACUUAAUUGUCCAAACAACGAAGCGUGUAACUGGUGUUCUGCGUGCCCUGCUGGACAAAUAAAAGCAGGAACUUCAAGUUUGGAUCAAACAAAUAUAGGACUGUGUUAUUCAUCUGAGAUUUGCGAUUACUCAACAUUGUCUUUGACGUUUGGACAAAGUUGUAGCAUGGAGGAGAAUAUGAAUUACGAACAACUUGUGCUUUCAGAUAAUGCUCAGAUAACACUCCAGCCAACAUCCAGUGCAAGAUAUUACGCUCGAUCAUUCAUUAAACUUAAACCAGGAAGCCGAAUAAUGAUCAUAUCUUCACAUGAUGUUACAAUUGAAACUGAUGGUGAACUUAAACUAGAUGGAAUAAUUACAUUCACCACUCCACAAGGAAGCAAUGCUAGUUUAAUUAUAAGAUCAGCUGCAUUGACUGGUAGUGGACAGAUACAUUCAACCAGUGGUGCAACUGUUUCUGUGGUUUUAUCUGAAGCUCCACUUGCUGGGAAUAACAACUGGCAGGCAUUUACCGGCUUGUUUAAAAAUGAAGGAGGUAUUACAAUUGUUACUGAACCAAAUGGAGCCCUUACCAGCAAACGAGUGAUACUGAAUGGUCCAUACCUAUAUGAGGACGACAUACCACUUGAAACAUCUCAUAUCGUCUUGCUUAAUGGAGCACGCUUAGUGAUAUCGUCGCGAUCAGUUGAUGAUCCCGCUGUCUCCAGCAUUACUGGGGAUGGAACCGGCACACUGGAAGUCCUGGGUUUCAACACGCAUCUGAAUGUAGCUGGAAAUGGUGUUUCGAAGACCGUUAUUUCAGCACGGCUUGUAAUUGGAUCCAAUGCAAGAGUUUCGUUUAAAUUUUAUGGCAACACACCAGCUACUAAUGCUGCUGUCUCUCUUUGGAAAGCGACUAUUAAUGGCCAGCUUGAUGCUUCAGCCUUUGACAUCCAGCGUGGUGGUGAAGUCAACAUUGAAGAUGGUGCCUCACUCUGUGUUAACAGCAUUGUGCUUCUAAGUUCUUCCAAAUUAAAUCUGAAGGACGGCUCCCAUGUUGGCGAAUGCAGUGGCAACACAUUGACAGGAGCUACUAUUAAAAUACCCGGAGACCUGACCCUGCAUUCCUAUUCAACAUUGAGUUUCAUGGGGAUAUCUACUGCAGAUGAUUUGGUUGUAUCUAUCACAUCAAAUGCUUCAAUAACAAUGAAGGAUAAUGCAAGAUUACUAACAUCAGCUGCAAACCAUAAACCACAUGGGAUAAGCUUGGUUGGGCAAACCAUCACCAUUGAUGCUGGUGCUUUGGUGGCAGCGGAUGGUUCAUCAGAAGAUCCCACGAGGACCAUAGUCGGCAACCACCAGUUGUUAAGCGUUGAAGAUGGAGCUUCAACUGAUGGAACAUUCAGAGCAGGAGAUGGUGGUUGGGUGCAAAUGGUGGCGCAAGAUAAUGUUCAUAUUGGUGGAAAUGUGUCCGCAAAUGGAGCAGCUGAUGGUUCUUUCACUGGUCGUGGUGGCAGCAUUUCCAUUAAAGCAAGAUCCAUAUCUGGACAUGGAUUUAUAAAUGCUAUGGGUGGGGAUGCCUUAUCACAAAGUGAGAAUGGUGGAUUUGGUGGUAGAGUUGAGAUCAAUGUUGAUGGCACACUAGAACAGUUUACCGGCAGCAUCACAGCAUACGGGGGCUGCGCAUAUUCAACUUGCAAUUUAAGAUCUGCUUCUGGUAUCAUAUACAUGUCUUACUUAUCAAAUUUUGGCAGCCAAAUAACAGAACUAAUUUUCAAGAACGCAUUGCCCAAUUUAUUCGACACAACUGCUCCAACUGAAUGCCCAUCAACGGAAUUAUUCUACACUAACCUACAUCUCAAACCUACAUUUGCAAAGAAUGGGGUCAUUUCUUUCUCCAAAAUUUCUGUGUUAGGUCAAGCUAGAGCGGUUCUAAGUGUAGCAGAUAGCACUUCAAGUGUUUCAAUCCAAUCCAGCACACUUGUUGGUGACCAGACAGGCCAGUUGGUCGUGCCUAGCAAUCUUACACUGGAAAUCAAGAGCGCAGUUGAUGCUAGAACAGAUUACAUUCUACAAUGUUCAUUACGUGUUGAUGAAAAUGCUACAGUGGUUCUACCAAGCAGAGUUCGUGCCACACACACCACAAUUCACACAUGUGGGGUUGAAUAUGAUUUGGAAUUGCGGGGAAAAUUAGUUGGUGUAACGUCCCUCACUAUGGGAACAAAUGCUGCUUCUUAUGUGGCAGAAACGGCAUCUAUUGUGGUAUUCAAGAAUGAUGUAAACGUUGCACGAAAAAUAUCACUAACUUCUCUUACACUGCUACCCUUUGCAUCUCUUAGUUUGGGAGUUGAAUUCACUGGGGAUCGAAUUUUAAUAUCGGGAAACUUUAACUUGGAAAUUUUCAAGUUUUUGGAUUUGCGCCACGGUUCUAAACUGGUGUCCUCUGAUUUGAAGAUCACUGCACCCAAUGUGACGCUUGCGUAUGCCAGUCAGAUACUUACUAAUGGAUAUGGGAGUAAGGCUGGGCAAGGGUUUGGUAGUCCUACAGUGAAUGGAAAUUAUGGUUUAAGAGGUGGCAGCCAUGGUGGGUGCGGAGGUGCAGAGAAAGAACUUGGAAGAUUGAAAACCUCAACAUGGUGCGAGGUGUAUGGGGACAUGAGGAACACUCAAGUAGCUGGCAGUGGUGGUGAAGUCCAGGGUAAUGUUCAAUGCAAUAUAGCAAGUGAUGCUAUGUGUGAGAGUAAAUUGAAGUAUGGUUCUGGUGGUGGCGUUAUUUACAUCGAAGCCAGUUUCAUUAGACUUGAUGGAGUGGUUGCAAGCAAUGGAGAAGAUGGAUUCUCAUCAUCAAGUUAUAAAGUUGGUGGAGGAAGUGGGGGGUCGGUGUUAAUUAAGGUUGAUACUUUAAGAGGGGUGGGUCGAUUGGAAGCUGUAGGUGGAAACGGUGUGGUUGAUAGUGUUGGUGCUGGUGGUGGUGGAAGGAUAUCAAUAAUAUCACCUCAAUCACUCCUAUUUACUGGCACAUAUGCAAUGAAUGGUGGAAGCUCUUCAACUGAACAAGCUGGUGGAGCAGGAACCGUUUACUUAGAAGACAAGCAAGCUAAGAAGGGAUUCACUGUGAAGACCAAACAUACCGUUUUGAUUGUGGACAACCGCCCAGUUUCUGCUGCGCAUAUUGAAAAUGAUGCUAAAGCCACCACAGUAAAUGCAGUUGGUACAAAACCACUUACAAUAAUCGAUGAGACAACAGAGGGAAACAAUGGGGUUGUUAAGAUGAACUUCAACGAUGUUUACGUUUAUAGUUCUGUCCAUCUUCGUAUGGUGGGAACGAAUCUAACCUUGGAGGUUGAGAAAUUGUACAGCGAGCCUGAAGCCCUGAUUGAAUUACAAGAUGGCCAAAUGUUGAUCCUGGAAGACAACGAACAAAACUCUGUGCUAAGUUGUAGCUUCUGGCUUGCCCCUGCAGCUGAGAUGAGAUUGCCAGCAACUGUAUCCUUGCAAGGACCAGAUAACAAACUCUCUGGUUUGAUCAUCAAUGUAUUUGAGCUCGUGGUGUCCAGCGGACAAUCUGUAGUGUUUUCAUCAGAUGGUAGAACUGGAACUUUUAUAGAUGGAGAAUAUUGUGUGUUAACUGAACCUGGGAAAUAUUCAUUCACCACUCUAACCAUCAAGGACAAUGCUUAUGUUAAGUUUCUAAGCGGAGAAAACACCGGGCUUGACAACCCUAUGUCUAUAGGAAAACUGGAAAUAUUCUAUGGUGGAAGAUUGGUUGGAGAAACCCUUGCUAUUCAAGGCAAUGAGGUUAUUCUACAUGCUGGUUCACAUAUAAGUGUGAAUGCUGGUGGAUAUAAAGCACAACGUGGUCCAGGACAAGGUCUUCAGGUCAAUGGUGUCGGUUAUGGUGCUGGCCACGCUGGGUAUGGAGGUUACAACCCACAAUAUGAGGCUCGUGCACCAUGGUACGGAGACAUGGCUAAUGUAACACAGCCUGGUAGUGGUGGAGGGAACUCUACUACUGGUAGUGGUGGUUCUGGUGGUGGAUUGUUGUCCAUUGUUAUGAGCAACCAACUUCAAAUUGAAGGUUCCAUCACAGCUGAUGGUGAAGCUGGUAUAGCUACUAACAGUGGUGGUGGUAGUGGUGGAGGGGUGUAUGUUAAAGUAGGCAGAGUUACCGGCCAUGGUUUGAUAUCUGCUUGUGGGGGGAGUGGUAAUAGUCGAGGUACUGGAGGCAGCGGUGGUAAAGUUUCAAUUCAAACCAAAGAAAGUUGGAGCUACCAAGGCAGUGUUCAAUUACAUGGUGGAGCAAGUAAUGUCGAUUCUGUAUCCGGUGCUGGUGGUAUCAUGGUUCUAAGGGACAGAAUAGGAACUGGUUACACUAAAAUCCAAGUUACAAUUGACGCGCGAAACUUGGCUGAUUCUGUAAAAGAAGUCGCCCCGUCUGUAUUGAACGGAACGAACCCUUCCACUUAUCAUAUUGAUGUACUUCACAUACUUGGCAAUGCACGAGUGACUGUUGAAUCCACCAACGCAGACGUUUAUAUUCAAGAAGUCAAAGCUGUUUCUGGUUGGAUUGAAAUAUGCAAUGGCCAGCGCUGGUGGUUGUCUAAUGAUAAACAGACAUUGUUGGUCCCAUACAACCUUCAUAUCCAUGAAGAUGGUGUAGCCAAUUUCCCCAACUCCAUAACACUGCAUAACUCCAAAAUUGAAGUCUUUGGAAAACUGUUCACUGCAAACAUGGUGUUGGGCGCACAAUCGAAUGUAACUUUACAUCCAAAUUCUCAACUUCUAUCACGGCAGUAUGAAGACUUACGAACCUGCAAUGCAAUGAACACAUUCACUGCUAAAGCUACUUCUAUAUUCACAAGUCUUCAAGCCUUCUGCUUCACUGUAACCACAUUCACACUGAAGAGUGGAGCCACUACAUCAUUCCCCUCAGUUAAACUAACAGCCAGCAAGCUUGUGUUAGAACAGAAUGCUGUUAUAAGUGUGAGUGGUAAAGUUACCACAGAAGUACCCUUGGAUCGUUUACCACCAAGUGGCUCAAACCAAGUAUUUGCUGGAGGCGCGCAUGCUAGUUUAGGUGGUGGAUGGUACUCUACACAAACCAACGUUGACACUUGUCUGAGAUCAUUUGGAUCUUAUAAAACUCCACAAAUAGCUGGCCAUGCUGGUAUAGGACACACAACCUCAAAUGCUGGAUCAACUAUAGAGAUCACUGCCCAUGCUGUUGUAAAUGAUGGUGAAAUCAAAUCUGAUGGAAGCAACGUUGAGCUAAGGAGUUCUGAUUAUUCCAGCAGUGGCAAUAAUGGUGCAGGAGCUGGUUCAGGUGGAAGUAUUUGGAUCAAGGCUUCUGGUUCCUUUGAUGGCCAUGGCAGGGUAUCGGCUAAUGGUGGUUCAUGUAAGAUCGUGGAUUAUACAACACUUAAUGCUGAUGAUAGAACCAAGAUGGUGGAUGUAGCAACUACAAGGUGUGGGAGUGGAAGUGGUGGAAGAAUUGCAAUUCAUUCACCAAAGGAACAUAAUAGGUUUACUGGAAAAUACAGUGCGAAUGGUGGUGGAUCAAGCAACCCUAGUUACGACCAUGUAGCUUCAUCUGGCUUAGCUGGUGGACCUGGAUCUGUGUUUAUUGCUGACACGACUACCGACUACAAGACCCUUAUUAUUAAGAAUGAGAACGGACAACAGAAGUUCUGCUACCCCAUCAUAGAUGAUCGGCUCAUGAGUGGUUUCACCAUCGAAGAACUUCACCUUAAUGAUUCAGUAAGGGUGAAUUUGGUUCAUGAGAAUUCAACCAACCUUCAACUUCAAGUCAAUGAACUGAUCGGAGAUGGUUCAGGUGUCAUACAUGUCACUGCCAACAACACUGUAACAUUCCAACCUGAUGUUAAAGGAAACGAUACAAGUUCAAAACCAAGAGUUAAUUUCGAAGUUGAAUUCAAUGGUGUUCUUGUUUUAGCAACUCAUACUCACAUAGUGGGAACUGGUACACCAGCUCUAAGGCUGGAAGGUGAAAUACAUGAUGUUCAACACCUUGUACUCGGUCAAAGCACUAAAGCUGUGUUUGGUUCAACUGGACGCAUUUUGCCGUAUUCAGAAUAUGAAACCACUGUUAAUCAAAAUGAACAGUUUGGUUUGGUGGAGCUCGCUACUUUCCAAAUGGAUGCUGGAAGUCAAAUGCUCUUCCCUGCUAACACUGGAGCCAAACUUAUUACUGGGGGUUUCAGGGUGAAAACUGGUGCUGAGAUCACAGCAGAUUUUAUUCGAGUUCAAACUGGAAGUCUUCACAUUGAACCUGGGAGUAUUGUAACAUCAUCGGGUGCAGAUCGUUCAACAUCUACUUCAAGGAGGUUUUACGAUGAGGAAGAUCUGCUUGAAGGUGAAGGGGGAGGUCAUGGUAGUGUUGGUGGAUCAAGAUACACCCCAAGAGGUGGAAUAGCCCACGGAAGGAUUGAAAACCCUGAGGAGUUUGGAACAUCCGGUGGCAACCAUAGACCUCACCCUCUGGUGCAGAAUGUACCAACCGGUGGUUUAGGUGGUGGGUUCAUAUCAAUGCAGAUUGGUUCAGAGUUUGUGUUAGAUGGUAAACUGAAUGUCAAUGGAGCUCCUGGUGCAAGCAGCUAUGGUGGAAGUGGUGGCGCUGGAGGUUCUAUUAAUAUAAGAGCAAGGAUAAUGACCGGGUAUGGAGAAGUCACUGCAAAUGGUGGUCAAGGCACAAAGAAAUAUAAUUCUAACUUACAGUUUGGUGGUGGAUCUGGUGGAAGGGUUGCGUUUAAUAUCUCCACCAGUUACCGAUAUAAGGGCAAAGUAAAUGCAGUUGGUGGGAGAGGUUAUGCGACAAGUACAUCUCGUUAUUUGCAUGGUGGCCCUGGAUCUGUGUUUGUUUAUAGGAUUCGAAACCAACUACCAUACAGAACUCUCUAUGUAGAUGGUGCAAACCUGGAUGUUUUCAAAUACAUCACACUGCUGCCUAACAAUCAAAGUAAAAUUAUAUUUGAUUUCGUAACAUUGGUGCGACAAGGGUCACUACGUAUGAAGAAACUGGAAUCAGAUAAUGAAAACAAAACCAACACGUUGCAUAUACUAAGGAUAAGAGGAGACAAGAGUGGUUUAGUGAGAGCUUACCAAGCACAUAAGUUGAUCAUUGAAGUUGAUAAAAAUGGGCUGAUGGUUCAAGAUGGUCAAGUGUCGUCUAACUCUUCAACACCAACAUUUGCUCGUCCCUACGUUAACUUUAUUGUGGAAACUGGUGGAGAACUUAUAUUACCUACACGUAUUGUAACAUCUGGUGCUGGUGUUCCACUUAAUUCUGACCCUGAAGAUACGGAAUCUACUUUCGCUCAUGAUGAAUUCAGAUCCGUGUCUUUCCUAUUGGAUGGCCGCCUUACAAACGUGAAUGACUUCCAUGUAGGAAUAGAUGGUUACUUUGCUAUUGGAGCACAAGCUCAUUCUGCUUUGUUGGAGAAAGGGGUUUAUGUUGAAAUUGGAAAAGCUGGAGAAUUCAGAUUUGGUGUUUUGGAUCUUUAUACUGGAUCAGUUGUAAGAUUUUUACCUGACUUGGGCAUGGUUGGCGGUGUAUGCUUGCUACGCUUGCAGUAUAACUCUAAACUAUCAGCUGAACACUUCUACCUUAAGUUGGGACGCAUUGAAAUAGAUGCAGGUGCUUUGAUGACCAGUGCUGGCAGUGACAGGAUACGUGACACAAUUAUCAGUGAAAAUGGGAACGCUCAAAAUGGUGCUGGAGGUGGAUAUGGUUCAAAUGGUGGUUACACUGGUGACCAAUCAAACAGGGGUCAAUACCACGGUACAUUGUACCUGCCCAGGAGCAGGGGAGGUGGGGGUUCCAUGACGGGACAAUCUACUUUAAUUAGAGGUGGAAGCAAGAUUGAGGUUAAAGCUGCUCAAGCAUUUGUACUUGAAGGUCAAAUGAGUGUAAAUGGCCAAUCUACAACAAACGGCAACGGUGGUGGUAGUGGUGGUGCAAUAUUAAUAGUUGCACACCAUAUAUCCGGCCAUGGGAUUUUAUCUUCAGUUGGUGGUGCAGGUGGUAACGGAGGUUCAGGUGGUCGUAUUGCAUUAUACACAAACCAAACAAGCGCUUUCCAGGGUAUGUACAAAGCAUAUGGUGGCUCAGGUGGUUCAUCUACAUGCCAAACCUGCCAUGGGGCCCCAGGAUCUGUAUAUACACAUCAAAGGCUAUCAUCUAAUACCAGCACUGAUGGCACUGAUGGUGUUGAAACAGAGGAGUUACUUAUAAUUGACGGUGCCGGACGGUCAUGGAGCAACAACUAUUAUGUGUUGGAUGAAAAAGAUGAGAAUGCCACAGACUCCACACAUGUUACAACUCUACAGGAAGUUAACCUUAUCAAUGGAGCUGCAUUGCAACUACCCAGUGAUGGGAGGAAUAGAAGUUUGAGGAUUAAUAAAUUAUCUGGUGAUUUGAGUGGUUUAGUUCACAUCAUGGAACACCACAGUUAUUAUUUAUCCGUAGCUGAAACCACGGCGACUCUUAUUAAACCCCGUACAAGCUUAUGGGUUGAUGAAGGGGCUACUGCAUACUUGGCCACAACAACUGAUAUUAUUGGUACAAGAGUUCCAGCCUUACGUUGGUAUGGUGAAUUAAUUGGAGUCCACCAUCUGAGGAUAGCUGCAACAAGACUUGUUGAUAUUGGACCUCAAGCAACCAUUAGCCACGUAUCUGAUGGUGUCAUUGAGAAAGGAACACCUGGACAUUUCAGGUUGUCAACAUUUGAGAUGGGUUCCCUCUCAUCUGCUACAUGCCCUCCGCCCAUGGGCUUUGUGUUCACUGCUGUGUUGUUUGAUAUGAAGUGGUCAUCCACUAUGACAGCUGAGUUCUUCACCGUGGUGGCAACAGACAUGCAUACAGAACCUAUGGCAACUUUAAGUUCCAAGGGACGGGGUGUUGAGAGUGGUGGUAUAGGAACACCUAGUGUAAGAGGGGCUGGUGCUUCAUAUGCUACAGUUGGUGGGGCAGGCAAUGGAGGUGCUUCUAAUGGUUUGUUCUAUGAUUCACUCUACGAACCUACCAUGGGUGGAUCACGUGGUGGAAUUUCAUCUAAUGGUGUGCCUGGUGCUCGUGGUGGUGGUGUCAUGAGGAUUAUUGUUGGAAGGCUCAUAACAUUGGACGGGAUACUUGAUGCUCGAGGAGAUACUUCUACAUCAGAUGCUGGAGGUGGAAGUGGUGGUGCGAUAUGGGUCACAACUGGCACUUCAAAGGGACAUGGUAAAAUGGAUGUCACUGGUGGUAAAGGUAGUGGUGGUGGCGCAGGUGGUAGGAUUGCUCUCCAUGCAUCUGUUGAUAAUGUUUUCCGGGGUUCACUGGUUGCUAUUGCUGGCACUGGUUACCAAGACACUGGUGGUACAGGAACGGUUUAUAUAGAAGCUGUAAAAGGAAGUGGUAACUCAUCGUAUCACUACUCAACAUUAAUUUUGGACAACCAGAAUGUUUCCCCACCCAAACCAUUCAUUCUAUCUGAACUAAACCCACGGAAUAUAAUUGCACGAGAUGAAGCUUUAUUGAACGGAGCUGACUUUGCUUUUGAUGAAGUUUCAUUAUGGAGAGAAGUCAAAUUCCAAAUAGCUUCCCCCAAACCAAUAAAUGAAACCGACUUCACAAUUUCCCCGGCUACUGUUACAACAGUAAACAUACGUGGAGAUGGCACUUCACUCUUCUUUAUCCAGGAAGGCCAAACUUUUUACGUGGAAUUCAUACCAGCUGAAGAAAGGCGUUCAGUACCUCCACUUAACUUCCAUGUAUUGGAACAUGGUAGUCUUGUGUUAUCUGCUGAUACAAGGCUUAUUGGAAAGAUGGAAACACCCAUGGAGUUACAUGGGACAUUGCUUGAAGUGUAUAAUCUAACAAUGGCACCAUACAAGAACAUGAUACUUGGAAAACAUGCAUCGGUUGUUCCAAAUACAGCUGCUGUUUCAGCAACAGGUUCAAACUUCACAUUUGAUGUACUUACCAUGGAAGCUCGUACAAAUAUAGUAUUCGAGUCUACAAAACCACUUCAGAUGGAGAUAGAUGUUCUUACUAUGAGGUCACAGUCAAGUUUAAGUUGUAAUGAAUUGGUUCUUUAUGUUGGAACAAUGAACAUGGAAGGAGGGGCUUAUGUUGAUGUGUCUGGUCUUGGAUCGCUACAAGAACAGGGCUUGGGAGCUGGAGUUAUAUCUAAUGGUUAUGGAAUAGGAGGUGGACAUGGUGGUUAUGGUGGUGGUAGGAAUGAUCAUUCAACUGCAGGGGAAGCAUAUGGCUCGUUUAGAAGACCUCAGUUAUAUGGAAGUGGUGGCGGUGGUUCUCAAGGUGGUCGAGGUGGUGGUUGCAUCCAUCUUAACGUCAUUCAAUCUUUCCACCAUGAUGGAUGGUUGCAAGUUAAUGGCGGGCAAGCUACUGGUUCAAACCAUGGUGGUGGUUCAGCUGGAUCUGUUCUCAUAACAACAGGCUCUAUUACUGGGCAUGGGUACAUAACAGCAAACGGUGGUAAUGGUCAUGGACACGGUGGUGGUGGUUCUGGUGGUCGAGUUUCUGUUCAUUCAAGUGUGUCUUCGAGGUUUACUGGAAUCCUAAAUGCAAUUGGUGGAAGAGGGAAUGAUGCAACUAAGAAUGGUGGAAGUGGAACUGUAUUUAAUAUUGGACAAAACAUUGAAAACUACGACGGAAGACAGAUACCUUCAGAUCAAAGUGGUGGCUUCUAUGGCAACCUUCGUAUUGAUAACCAUGAUGUCAACUCCACCUCAGCUACGGUUCUGAUGCUUGAAGAUAACAUUACAUCAGUUGAAAUAACAGAGCUACAGAUAUUCAACGGCACACGGGUGGUAUUCGAAGGGCAAGACACUUCUGUUACAAUUCAUAAGUUUUUGGGCGAUCGAACAGGUCUUGUUCAUUUGCAAGAAAACCAAGCCCUUCACGCUGAUCAAACUGGUGCAUUGUAUGGAUAUACUGUUGCUCCCGUGGCUUAUAAGAUUGAUGUCAAUGCUGAAUUAGUUCUCCCACCCCGAACAUUAUUCCUGGGUAGUGGUACUACAGUUGAAGGAAUAUUAUCUGGUGCAACUCAUAUACAACUUGCUAACGGAGCCAUUUCAACUUUCACAUCUUCUGCAAGAACUGGUAAAGUUGAAAACCAUGAAACUGUGGAAGUAACACAACCUGGGAAUCUCUCAUUUGCUUUGAUUGAAAUACACAGAUAUUCCAAAGUCUUUAUACAAGAAGACACCGGCAACUUGAGUGUGGUAGUUGGUAAACUUCAACUGAACUACCAAUCCAAACUAAUGAUGAACAGAGGUAGCAUACUAAGUCAACAUGUGGAUAUUGAAAGUCAAGGUAACUUGUUGAUGGACGGAACUGGAAACGCACCGGAGCAAGGUCUUGGGGGUGGUAGAACUGUUAAUGGUGUUGGUCUUGGAGCCGGCCAUGGUGGAUAUGGUGGUUCAUUGAAGGUUGAUGUGAAAGGAGGUGAUUCGUAUGGAUCACUAUAUACACCAACUCAUCUUGGUAGUGGAGGUGGUAAUGGAAAUGGCAAUGGUGGUUAUGGUGGUGGAGUCCUUAGAUGGAUAAACGCUGAGAGUUUCUACGUGGAUGGUUUGAUUGAUGUUUCUGGUUCCUCUGGUAAUGGAGGAAAUGCUGGUGGUGGAAGUGGUGGUUCAGUGAUGAUUAGGACGCUCAACUUUAGUGGUCAUGGUGAAGUAAGAGUCAAUGGUGGAAACGGUGCUGGAAAUGGUCAUGGUGGCGCUGGUGGAAGGAUUGCUGUGAGAGCUGCAUGGAAAUAUGACUUCCCUGGUUACUUAUGUUCUGUGGGGGGUGUUGGUAAUGUUCCUGGCGCUGCUGGGACCGUAUAUGUUGAAGAAACCGCUCGUGGCCCACAAUAUUCAAAGAUUAAAUACACCCACCUUGGAGCAUCUGUACCUCAUGUGUAUGCAGCUCAUACUUUACUUAAGGUUGAUGGUGAAGAUAUACAUGCUGCUAUACAUUCAGAUAGGUACCUGAUACCGUGGAUCUACACCAUUGUACAAGGUGGUAGCAUGGAAGAAGAUGGUAAACCUGGGUUGGAAUAUGAGUUUGAUGAAGCAAGAAUAACAAGACACGCAAAUAUUCGAUUCUUCCAUCCAACAAGGGAUGGAGAACCCAAUGCUGAAGUAUUGAGUAACACCACAGUAGUAAUCGUGCACAAGUUCUUGGGCGACCAAACUGGCAAGAUCCACAUUAGAAGGGAGCAACAGCUGUUUGUUGAAUAUCUUCAAAAUCCAAGCAAUGAAACCAAUGCACCUUGCAGUUUCAGAGUUGACGUCGGUGCCGAGCUAAUAAUGCCAAGUCGCUCUCGAUUACUCGGCACUCGUUCAUGGAUCGAAGGAAUGUUGGUUGGGGUUGAGGAUCUCUCAGUUGCACUAGGGGGCGAUGUUGUGUUCUUAUCUACAGCACAAACCGCGCUCAUUGAAAGUGGGACAAAGCAUCAUGUCACCAAUCCUGGGGAGUUUGGAUUCUCGAGCAUCAUCAUUAUGCGUAAUGGUAGAGCUGAAUUCCAGAAGAUUAACAAAGCUGUGAAGAUCAGUGCUGGCUUGGUUAAAGUUCAAUACCAAGCUGAGAUGUUUGUGUAUCAUGCUGUAGUGGAUUCUGGGUAUGGUGUUCUUGAAAGUGAAGGUUUACUGUACAUGGACAACUCUGGGCAUGCUGCAGAGCUUGGGGUUGGAGCUGGUAGGACAACAUCAUCUAAUACAGGUAGUGGUGGUGGACAUGGUGGACAAGGUGGUGGACCAUCUCCUAACUUUGGUGGGGCUGCUUAUGAUUCUAUAUAUACACCAACCCAACUGGGUAGUGGAGGUGGUAACGCAGGCACAGUAAAGGGUGGACCAGGUGGCGGAUAUUUACAUUGGAAAGUUGGGAAGUUGUUAGAAUUGAACGGAAUACUUCGAGCAAGUGGUGGCAAUGCAUUGGGUCCUAAUGCUGGUGGGGGUUCUGGUGGAUCCAUAUUGAUUGAAACAACCAAUAUAACUGGACAUGGUGAGAUCAACGUCCGAGGUGGCCUUGGUGGUUCCGGUAGUGGUUAUGGUGGUGCUGGUGGAAGGAUUGCAGUGAAAUGUAGAUGGAGAUAUCAGUAUGGUGGGAAGUUUAUUAACGCUGGUGGAUUGGGAGGUUCUAGUUCAUUGUUACUUGCAGCUGCUGCAGGUACAACUUACAAAGAAGAGAAUAUGCGGCCACCUCAAUACAGGGAGCUUAAAUAUAACCCGAGCAAGAACCAGACCUACCUCAAAGUUGACCAUACAUACAUACAUGCUGAUAAUGAAGGCAAUGACGUACCACCUGCAACAGUUAUCAUGGAGGAAAACACCUUCUAUUAUGAGUUUGAUGAAGCUGAGCUCACUGGAUAUGCAAGGCUUAUAUUUUACCAUCCUGAUUCGGAAAUGCACAAGGCGAACGGCACUCAUGCCAACGGGACAUCAUCAGAACUUGAUAUACACGUCACUGUUGAGAUCCAUCUCUUCUAUGGUGAUAGAACCGGCUUGCUACACUUGUAUGGAGGUCAGCGAUUGUUUGUUGAAUACAUCCCAUCUAACUGGACAUGGACGAUAGCACCUUGCAGUUUCUUCAUUGAAGCUGGAUCAGAAAUAAUCUUACCACAGGAGACUCAUUUGGAAGGCACACGCAGCAUCUUAGCCGGUCGUAUCAGUGGGGUGCAUAAACUUUAUGUGUCAAGGGGAGGUGACGUGGAGUUCCACUCGUCAGCCAACACCGCACUCUUACUCGAUGCCACAAAUUCAACUCACGUGGUUUACGAUACAGAACACAUGACCAAACCUGGCAACUUCUCCUUCAGUUGGUUCCACGUUAAAACUGAUGGAACCGUGGAAUUUACAAAGAUACACAGACUUCUGUUGAUAAGCAGUACAGAUGUUAAGGUGAAAUACGGUGGACAACUAUACAUGAACAUCGGUGAAAUCAUUUGCUCCCAUGCACGCGUCGAGAGUGGCGGGAUCUUUCAUUUGGACGGACGUGGUCACUCAGCUAUGGAAGGUGUAGGGGGAGGGUUCACUGUUAAUGGUAUAGGAUUGGGUGCCAGUCAUGGUGGACAGGGUGGUGGGAUGUACCGAGACAACCUCCCCCCUACAUACGACUCUAUAUUCCACCCUGUGUUACCUGGUAGUGGUGGAGGUAACGGAACAAGUGGAGGUUCUAUCACUGGAGUUGGUGGUAGUGGAGGUGGCUUGCUGUGUUGGAAUGUUGGGAAACUUAUUGAAUUAGAUGGAUGGAUGGCAUUAAGAGGAUAUGAUGGCACAGGAUCAAACUCCGGUGGUGGAUCCGGUGGUUCGGUUGUUAUCAAGACAUUUAACAUGACAGGCCAUGGUGUGAUUGAUGUACGAGGUGGCAGAGGUGGUUCACAUAAUGGUGGUGGAGGAGCUGGUGGAAGGAUAGCCAUCCAUUGCGAAUACCGAUAUUCCUAUGGAGGUACCUUCCUCAACCGAGGUGGUGCAGGUGGUAACAGCACUGAACAAGACCUAGAUGUUAAUGAGGCAAACUAUAACGAUUAUGAUGUCAUAAAUAUCAUCUCAGAUCCUCUAGGUGGUGCUGCAGGGUCAAGUUAUAUUGAGGAAAACAUGAGACCACCUCAGUAUAGAAUACUUAAGUAUAAUCCUGGAUUGAACACAACAUACUUCCAAGUUGACCACAGGCACAUCCAUGUUGAUAAUGAAGGUGUUCUUGUGCCUGUUGCUUCUGUAUUGAUGGAACAUGUUGAUACAACUGUAUAUGAAGUUGAAGAGAUGUAUUUAACCGGGGCAGCACGGUUGAUAAUUAAACAGCCCGUCUUGAAUGAAGUUGCCAUGAAUACAACGGAUGAACUUGGUAGAUCUGGAACACUAACAACUCUCACUGUACAUAAGUUCAUUGGAGAUUCAACAGGGAAAAUGCACCUGAGACAUAAUCAGGUAUUACAUGCUGAAGUCAAGGAAUCAACUACAAACAGGACAGAAGCUCCGUGUAGUUUCCUCAUUGAUGCCACGGCUGAAAUAGAGUUACCAACGGAGGUUCACAUUCAUGGAAUUGACUCGGAAAUCCACGGUACAAUGACUGGUGUCCAUUCUCUUUACAUUGAGGGGGGUGCACAAGUUCAUUUCACUUGCACUUCACGCACUGCAUUGAAAGAGGGUGGUGAAUACACACGAGUUACAAGCCGUGGGAACUUCUCUGUAUCAGAAGUUGACGUGAAAUACAACGGGAUGAUAAUCUUCACUGACCAGUUUGAAAACGAUGGCAACGACAUGUUGGUCACAAUACCUGACCUGGAGAUAAAACACGCCGGCAAGAUAAUGUUGCGCAAUAGUGCUACUAUUGAAAGCGGAUGGGUGGAUUUGGAAAGUGCAGCUUUUAUUACAUUAGAUGGUACUGGGUUCAAACCCUCCCAAGGACCUGGUGCUGGUCGUUACCUUGGUAGAUCUGGUGCAACUGGUGCCAGCCAUGCAGGAUCUGGUGGACAUCUGGAUAUUGACAUUGCAACAAGCAACUCGAUGAAUGAAACACAUGACACAUCAGCGAUAUAUCAUGGACAUUAUGGAUCUGUAUUUACACCGGUUGCAAAGGGAAGUGGUGGUUCUGGUAGUUAUGCUGGUUCUGGUGGUGGAGCACUUCAUGUAAAGGUCGGCCGCACGUUACAUUUGGAUGGAUUGCUGUCGUCCAAAGGUUCAGAUGCUACUGGUGAAAAAUCCAGUGGUGGUUCCGGUGGAAGCAUUCUAAUUGAAACAACUAAUUUCACUGGGCAUGGUGAACUAUCUGUGCGUGGUGGAAAUGGUAGAGGAGGAAUUAAUAGCAAUGAUGGGACAAGUGUCCUUGGUGGUGGUGGAGGUGGUGGUAGAGUAGGCAUACAUGUGAGACACCAGAACAACUAUGGUGGGUUGUACACUACAGAAGGUGGUGUUGGUGUGUAUGGCACCACAGCAUCACCACUGCAUUUGCCUGUUGAUGGAUCAGCCGGUACAAUCUACAAAUACGAAUCACGAAGAGGUCCACAGUAUCGUGAGCUUAAGUACAACACAACUGUGGAUGAAGCAAACUACAAACCAGACCACACGUUCCUUAAGAUCGAUGCUGGGGCAAGGAGAGGAUUCAACACAGAUGCUGAAGUUUCAUCCCUACCUACUAUGAUAAUGGAGGAAGGAACAAUUAAUUACGAGUUUGAUGAAAUACAACUUCAUGGGACGGUCAAUCUAUUGUUUUACCAUCCAAGGAACAACAGCACGGUCUCAGCAAUUGCUCAUGAACUGACUGGUGACAAGCAAGGUAUUAUAGCAAUACGGGGUCAGCAGAUAUUAUACGUUCAUUAUGUUGAAUCGACUCAUACUUUCCUGGAUGCUCCUUCAAGUUUUGAUGUGAUGGCUGGGGGUGAAGUGGUUCUUCCUACGACCGUCAUUUUAAGAAACCGCGUUACAAGGCUUGCUGGGAGACUCACUGGUGUUCAUGAAAUUAUUACUGAAAGAGACGCAAAGUUUUAUGUGACUGGUUCAGCUCAUACUAGCCAGGUUUUAGACAAAUCGAACCCUUACAACGGAGAGAGGACAAACAUUCAACGCAACCGACACCUCCUGUUUGGCAAGUUGUUCCUGAACAACCGUGCCCAACUAAUUGCAAGGUUCCCAACUUCUAAUGGUUUCAUCACUACUUUCAACAUUGCUCAAAUAACUUUGAAGAAAGGAAGUUUAUUCACGUCGGAAACAAAACGACUCAGUUUUGAUGCUUCAAACUUCAUAAUAGAAUCAGGUUCCACCCUUAGUGCUGAUGCAUCGGGUCACACUGGAGGGUCCUUGGCUCAAAGUGGAGGUUGUGGUUCAAGGGGUUGUGCUGGUGGAUCAUACGCAUCUCGUGGUGGGAGUGGCUACAAUGGAAAUGCUGCUGGGGAUCAUCUGCUUCCGUUUGAUUCCAUCUUUAACCCAACAUCACCAGGAGUUGGUGGGGCAGGAUCCCAGGGAGGUUCAGGUGGUGGACACAUCAGGUUGAUUGUUGGAGAUAAACUUCUAGUAGAUGGCCGUCUAACUUCAAAUGGUGGUAAUGCACAAGUAAACAACGUACACAGUGGUGCGGGUACUGGUGGAAGCAUUCAUAUCACAUCACCUGCUAUCAUUGGUGUUGGAGCUAUCACAAGUGUUGGUGGUCGUGGAUAUUCUUGGCAAGUUUCCAACACUGUUUAUGGCAGUGGUGGUGGUAGUGGUGGAAGGAUAGCAUUACACCUUUCGUUUGGUGCUUCAAGAAAUCUUGGGUUCAAAUAUCGUGGCACAUUCUUAGCACUUGGUGGUAUCGGACAUGCUAAUGCAUUCGCUUCACCUGGUACUGUGUUUAUUGAAGAGGUUGUGAGUUUGAAUACAGAUGCCAGUAGUGAUGAGGGUGCUAAUGCAACUUCAAGGAAAAAGAGAGAUCUUUCAGCAGGUGUUCCACAACCAACAUCUGUAAGAAAGGUGUUAAUAGUUGAGAACGCCAACCGUCAAAUGAAUCCUUCAAACUGUGUAUUGUUGGGUUGGUUUAAUAACAACGAAGCAGCCGACCAAGGACUUCAUUCGUCCCUUACACUGGAUGAACUUAAAGUUAUGAAACAUGGUUGCGUUUCGGUUCGAAACUCCCCACGAGUGACUGCAGUUCCUACAGUGAAUGUUAAAGUCGCUCAAGUAACCGGGGAUGCUACUGGAGUGGUUUAUGUACAAGCUAACCAGAAGUUGUACGUUGCACCUGAACAACAUAGAACUGAAAUACCCAUUUCAAUUAUUGUGAACAGAAAUGGCCAGCUACAAAUACCAAGUGAGACGAGAACAAACGCAGACCUCCAAAUACACGGUCAUGUUAGUGGGGCUUGGGCUGUUACUGUUGCUAGUAGCAGUGGCCGGUUAUAUCUUGGCUCAACUGGUUUCACAUCAACCAGCAAUUGCACUGGUGGGGUUGUGAAUGGAACAACUGAGGCUUGUGUUGUAACUGAGGAAGAACAAGGUCACUUCAGAUUUAGCUCAAUCUCAAUUUAUUUGAACGCACGAUUAGAAACCGCGAGAUCUGGUGUGGCCAAACUUGAGGAAAAUGAAGACGCUAUGAUGUUAGAUGUGUGUGACCGACUUGAACUGGAAUACAACUCGAGGCUUAAGAUCCAAGAUUCCUUGAAAGUGAACGCGCAGAAGUUAAAGGUUGAAUACCAGGCAGUGGUUAAUGCAGCUUACAGUGGUUACAACAGUGCACAAGGUCCUGGUGGUGGAAGGACUUGUUACUGUAGUGGUGGUACUGGUGGUGGUACUGGUGCUGGGCAUGGUGGAAGAGGUGGAAGUGCAGAUGGCAACCGAUGCACUGGUGGACCUACAUAUGACUCGCAAUGUUUUCCAACCAUUAUUGGUAGUGGUGGUGGUUCUAGUUCCAGUGGAAGUGGUGGAUCAGGUGGGGGUGCUUUCUUACUGACAACCAGUGACCUCGCAUUGAUUGAUGGCAAUGUGAAUGCAAACGGUCAAAAUGCGAGAGCUAGUUACGCAGGUGGUGGUUCUGGUGGGUCAAUUACUUUGCAGAACUAUUGGUUUGAGGGAUGGGGAAGAAUCCAUGCAGAUGGUGGAAGCACUUCUGGCAGUCAUAGUUACCAUAAUUGCUACAGAGUUGGUGGUGGAGGAGGUGGUGGAAGAAUCAAAACUUUAUCCCCAACUGGAAUCCCGAAACCGUUGUUUUGGAGAAGAAGUGUCAGUGGUGGUACUUCACCCUCGCAUCCGGGAUCUGCAGGAACAGUAUGCCCGCUGUCGAGCACCGGUUACUUUAACUACUUCUUAUUUGAAUCAAGUGCAGCAGUGGAGCAACAUUCAUGUGGUUGCAAUGCUGAGGUUGAUACACAAGGAGCAGAUGCUGUAGGAAGGGAUUAUUGUUCAUCUCAUGGUGUAUGGAACUCUACUGAGUGCGUUUGUGAUCCUGGAUAUGUUGGAUUCACUUGCCAGUUUGAAUGCAAUCCAAAUUCAACCUGCAAUGGCAGAGGUGACUGUGACAGUGAAUCUGGAUGCUGUGAUUGCAAUACAGGAUAUGUUGGCAUGAGGUGUGAGCAUGCAUGCCAUCCACUAUAUGACUGCAAUGGUAAUGGGAAAUGUAAUAUACUUGGUGAAUGCGAAUGUGAUGCUUGCUACAGCGGCGAACAUUGUGAGUUCUUGUGUGGAUCAAAUACAUCAGAUACAACUCAAGAUAUUCGUGGUCAAUGUGUGGACGACUUCUGUCGUUGUGAAUCAUGUUUCUCUGGCACUUACUGCGAACUUGAAUGCUCAGCGCGUGGGUCUUGUGUUCAGAAUGCCCUAUCAUCAUCUUGUGUGUGUACGGAUACAGAACUGUGGGGUGGUACCCGUUGCGAUGAAGCUAGAUGCCCUGGAAGCUCUGGUGUUGAAUGUAAUGGGCAUGGUGUGUGCAACAAAGCGCUACACCAGUGCUACUGUGAACCUGGCUGGGGAGGCAAUGACUGUUCGGAUAUAGACUGCCCUGGGGAGCCAGAUUGUUCAGGACAUGGACAAUGUAAUUUGGACAGCAACUCAAAUCCUAUUUGUCAAUGCAGUGCGUCAUAUUUCGGAACAUCUUGUGAACAUCAUUGCGCAAACGGAGUUAUUGUAAUGCCAUCUCAAAACAACACUAUGAGCUUUGAUUGGGAAACUGGUGCGUUUAUAUACACACCAACAUCCCCAGAAUGUAGUUGUAAUUCUUGCUGGACUGGGAAAGAAUGUAACAUCCUAUGUUCUGGAUAUGGAACUUGUAGCGCUGAUACUUGUGACUGUGAUCCUUUGCUUGGAUGGAGAGGAGACACUUGUGAAGUGCCUGGUUGUCCUGGGUAUGAUGGUUUGGACUGUACAGGUCAUGGUGAAUGCAUAAGUUCAACACAUACUUGUAUAUGUGAUGCUGGAUGGAGAGGGGUUGCUUGCCACCAACCUGAUUGUCCUGGUGAACCUGAUUGCUUCAACCGUGGAACUUGUGUUGCUGAGAUCGCAGGUCUUCAAGUUAAAAGUGAGUUCAGUUUACUUGGAAGGUUGCUGUGGUCUCCUGUGUGCAAAGAUUGCCAGGAAGGAUGGAUGGGAGCAGCUUGCAAUGAUCCAUGUGUGAAUGGAGUACAGGAUCCACCAAACAGUGGGAACUGUGCGUGCGAACCUGGAUGGGCGGGCGUUGGUUGUAAUUCUGAAUGUUCUGGUAACGGACACAUAGUUGAUGGCGUCUGUGUAUGUACAUUUGAACUUGGAUUUAAAGGAGAACUUUGUGACAUUCCUGGUUGUCCUGGUAUUAACGGUCUUGAUUGCUCUGGUCAUGGAGAUUGUGAUUCCGCUGAAGCUGAAUGUACAUGUGAUCCAGGGUGGCGAGGUAUUGGUUGCCAGUAUCCUGAUUGCCCAGGUGACCCUGACUGUUACAAUCGUGGAAGUUGUAACUCUUCUGUUGAUCCACCUGUAUGUGUCAAUUGUCACUCUGAUUGGAUGGGAAUCGAUUGUGGAUCUCCAUGUUUGCAUGGAACACAGGAGCCAGCCAACAGCGGCAACUGUGUCUGUGAGCCUGGAUGGGCUGGAGUUGGUUGUAAUUCUGAAUGUUCUGGCCAUGGUCAUAUUGUUGAUGGUGUUUGCCAGUGUGAUUAUGAAAGUGGUUGGAAGGGACAACUAUGUGAUAUACCUGGCUGUCCUGGAUUGAACAAUUUGGAUUGCUCUGGAAAAGGUGCUUGCAACAGCGCUACAUCUGAAUGCACCUGCAGACCAGGAUGGAUAGGUAUUGGUUGUGAACGUACCGACUGCCCUGGUGAGCCGGACUGUGAGGGGCGGGGUAUUUGUGAUGGAGUCAACUAUGACCCACCUCGUUGUGUUGAUUGUUCAUCUGGGUGGAUGGGUGAUGGUUGUAAUGAACCUUGUGUUAAUGGAAGUCAAGUUGUAGCUAACAGUGGUGAAUGUACAUGUCAUCAGUGUUAUGCUGGGGUUGGAUGUAACUCCGAGUGUUCAGGCAACGGCCGAUGCUCCAAUGAUGACAAUGCUUGCGUGUGUAAUGCUGGAUACUGGGGUGAGAAAUGUGAAGUGACAGGAUGCCCAGGUGUUGGUGUCUCCUGUUCAGGCCAUGGGUCUUGCAAUCCAGAACAACAGAUAUGUACGUGUGAUGAAGGUUAUUCUGGCCCUGGUUGUUCUGAUCCAGAUUGUCCUGGUGAACCUAACUGUAAUGGAAAUGGUGUAUGUUCAACUGAGCCAUAUUAUCUAAGUAUGCCUGACCAGUUGGAUAUUGGGCAAAUGGUUGUUCGGUUGGUCACUAUACCUCACUGUGUGGAUUGUUUGGACGGCUGGUAUGGCCCUGCUUGUGGAAUCCGAUGCGUCAAUGGAACAGUGUCAAGUAAUGGAGAAUCCUGCAUCUGCCAUCCAUGUUACUCUGGACUAGAUUGUGACAUUGAAUGUUCAAACAAUGGUCAUUGUGAUGCUGACUUAGAUGUUUGUGUGUGUGAUAAUAGAGCAGGUGAUGCUUGGGUUGGAGAGAAAUGCGAAUAUCAAGGUUGCCCAGGGUUGGAUGGUUCAUGUAAUGGCAAUGGUAUGUGUUCUGCUACCAGCAGUGUAUGUGAAUGUUUCCCUGGAUGGACAGGUGAAGAUUGUGGUACGCCAUCUUGCCCAGAUGAAUGUAAUAACCAUGGAGAGUGUAUGGAUACUAUACCAAGGCAGUGCAGAUGUUCUGCCGAAUGGGGAGGUGAAUUCUGCGACCAGCCAUGCGUGAAUGGGACAAAUGUUGACGGGACGAGAUGUGUUUGUGAUCCUUGUUACUCUGGUGUGGGGUGCAACUCUAUUUGCUCAGGUUUUGGUGAAUGCCAACAAGACAGUGGAACCAACGAACUAUAUUGUCGUUGUUUCUAUGAGCUUGGUUACAAAGGAUCUACAUGUUCGGUACCAGGCUGUCCGGGAUGGCCAUUAGAUUGUUCUGGACAUGGUGAUUGUAACUUGGGAAGCAUGGAAUGUGAAUGUUCUCCUGGCUGGAAGGGAGUGGCUUGCCAUGUACCCGAUUGCGGAGGUUCACCAGAUUGUCUUGGUAGGGGUGUAUGCCAACCACCAUUAUCAUUGUUAAACGGUGCUCCUACAUCUGCCAAUACCUUAUACCAAUACGUGGAACCAUAUUGUGCCUGCAAUGCUCCAUACAUGGGUGAUAGUUGUGAACUAACUUGCUACCAUGGAACUGCCCAAAGAUCGCUUAAUGGAACAUGGUGGUGUCAAUGUGAUCCUUGCUAUGCAGGGAGUGACUGCAAUCUAUUGUGCAACCUUCAGGGCACCUGCUCAGAUGGGAUAUGUGACUGUGGAUUCAAUGGUUGGCGUGGCAACAGUUGUGACAUCCCUGGUUGUCCAGGUUAUGACAGAGAUUGCACACGACAUGGAGAUUGUAACCUUGCGUCUGGGAAAUGUGUUUGUUCUGAGGGUUGGUCUGGAGUUGGAUGUCAUGUGCCUGAUUGUCCUGGAGAUCCAGAUUGUAAUUCACAUGGGGAGUGUGUACAAGCACCUCUUCCUCCCAAUGAUGAUGGUAUAAGCGUUCUUAACCUACCCCCCGUAUGUGAAUGCGACCCUGGGUUCUAUGGUCUGGCAUGCGAAUAUACGUGUUCGAACGGCACCAUUGAUGAAACUGCACAGAACUGUUCAUGCGCUCCAUGCUAUAGUGGUCAUGCUUGUAACAUCUUGUGUUCAAACAUCGGUACUUGCUCUGAUGAAGGAACUUGUGUUUGUGGUUUCGAUGGAGGACGUGGAGAGUUUUGUGAAGAACCAGGUUGCCCAGGUGUAAAUGAGAUUGACUGUUCUGGACACGGCCAAUGUGUGUCUGCUACCGGCAAAUGCAUCUGUAACCCUGGAUGGACGGGCACAGGUUGCCACAUACCUAAGUGUUUGGAUGAUUGUAACCAACGAGGUGAAUGCUUCCCAAGUGAUCCACAACUACAAGCGUUCAAAAAUGCUAUUGUUCCUUACUGUCGCAACUGCAACGAUGGUUGGAUGGGAACGUCAUGUGAAGUGCCUUGUGCAUUCGGGGAAGAAGUUCCCAAGAAUAGUGGUUUCUGUCAAUGUGAUGCAUGCUACCAUGGUGUAUCAUGCGAUACUAUGUGUGGUGGGAAUGGUAACUGUACAGCUGGUUCAUGUGACUGUACAAAUGAUGAUGGGCUAAAUACUGGAAACUGGGGCGCGUAUUGUGACCAACCGAGCUGUCCUGGAAUUGGUGUUCCUUGCAGUGGUAAAGGGAGUUGUAACCUUAUCAACCUUGAGUGUUGGUGUGACCACGGUUGGAAAGGAUCAGGUUGUCACGUUCCCGACUGUCCUGGCGAGAUUGAUUGUAAUGGAAGGUCUGUUUGUAAUGCAACAACUGAUCCACCAUCUUGUACACUUUGUGAUGAAGGUUGGUUUGGCGACGCAUGCGAGAAGUCUUGUGUGUUUGGCACCCCUUCAAAUGAAGUAUGUGUGUGUGAUUCCUGUCAUACUGGGGUUGCAUGUAAUGUAGAAUGCUCUGGUUACGGAGCUUGUGUUGAAGGAGCUUGUUCUUGCCAGGAGGCUUGGUGGGGAGACAAAUGUGAAACGCAAGGCUGCCCUGGCAUUGCUGAAUAUUGUACAGGCCACGGCCACUGUAGCAUCCUGGAGCAAUCUUGCCAUUGCUAUAGUGGUUGGAAGGGGACAGGGUGUUCGACACCUGACUGUCCUGGAGCACCUGAUUGCUUUAAUAGAGGUGAUUGCGACGCCAUCAACUUUGUCCAACCUAUGUGUGUGAAUUGCACUGGUGGUUAUAUUGGUGGUUCAUGUAACAUACCAUGUAUACAUGGAUAUGAAGACCCCCCACAAAGUGAGGCAUGCGUUUGCUCAAGUGUUUGUUACACUGGUGAUGCUUGUGAUAUCACUUGCUCAAAUAAGGGAACUUGUGAGGAUGGGAACACCUGUGUCUGCCAAGAAGGUUACAAAGGUGAAACUUGUGGUGAACUCCACUGUCCUGGUGGGGAAGAAAUGUGUUCAGGUCGUGGCUCGUGUGUGAGGAUUAAUGAGCGUUCAGUUUGUGUGUGUUCACCUGGUUUUGGAGGGAAUGACUGCUCGGAGCUUAUUUGUCCGGGAGAACCAUAUUGUAAUAACAGAGGUGCCUGCACACUUUUGGAUUCUGUCCCACAAUGUGUAUGCGACCAUGGUUUUGAUGGAGACGCUUGCGAAAGGUGUAGAAGUCGAUACACAGGAUCACUUUGUGAUAGAUGCAUCAGUGGAAGGGUUGGAUAUUCAAGCUCUUGUGAGGUUCCUUGUUUCCAUGGUUAUGGUGCGGAAAGUAACGACACUCAGUGUAUCUGUUAUAAUGAUGGUGUCAAUGGAAAGUGGAGUGGAGAUACUUGUAAUGUAUGCCAGGGAGGAUGGGACGCGCCAUCUUGUACAACCUGCCACCAAGACUACAUAGGUGAUGGUCACUGCAGUAUUCAAUGCAUGGCUGGUAGAGGAGCGUACCGUCACCCACAAGAAGGGAGUGGAGGAACAAAUAUGAUUAAGCCAUUACUGGCGUGCACACAAGUAACAUCAGAAGCGAAAUAUAUUUGGUGGGGAUAUGAGAACUUCAACUCACAUAUUGUGACUGUGGACUAUGGGGCUGACAACCAUUUCAUCAUUGAAACUAAUACUGAAACAAGAACCCAGAAAAACUUCAGACAAGUUGUCACAUUUUACCCUGGAAGACAUUAUAAUGUAUUUAAAACAAGCACUUCUUCCAAUGAUGAGAUCAUUAAAUGGGUUUUAAACAACCCCAACAACAACAACCCACCCAACGUUGCUUCUUCGAAUGAUUCAACAACAGAAUGUGCAACCGACAUCAAGCCAACGCAGAUUGCAGGUCCAUACACUGAUGGUGCAAAUGAUCCAGGUUACUGCGCAUGUCUACCUGGUUACUGGGGCAGCAGGUGUCAAAACAUCUGCCCAGGUGGUGAAUUAAAUCCAUGUUACGGGCAUGGUACAUGUGUGUCAAGCACCGGCAUCUGUGAAUGCAAGGAAAGGUUUAGAAACGACACAAACUGUGAGCAAUGUAUUGAAGGCUGGAUAGGAAGUGACUGCUCAGUUGCUGCUAGCCAAGGAAUUAAAAACACAACCAAAACUAUAUACACUGGGCUUGUAUAUUCUGCCGCUCACUUCAGUACGUUUGAUGGAUCCCUGUUCAACUUCCGUGGUAGUGGUGAUUAUGUUCUAUACAGAUCUGCAGGUUUAUCUGUACAGAUUCGAAUGGUUCCAUGCGACCAGGAGGGCCAUAGUUGUGUUUCAAUGAUCGCUAUUAAUGUUGGUUCAUCUACCUUGGUGAUACAAGCUGGAUACACCGACACAGACUUGGAUGGUUUAGUUUGCAUUGAUGGAGGAAAUGUUAAUGUUGGAAUGACAAGAAUAUUGGAUGCGAAUCAUACACUCAGUCACCCAAUGUUGGGCCGAUAUGUGUUUGAUGCCGGUACAACUAACCAAACCAAUUCUACAAGUCCAUUCAGUCUUGAGAUCUCCAUUACUGGUCGUUUUAUGAACUUGGUGGCCAGGAGUAGAAAAGAUUGGUGUUCCACUGCAUCUGGUUUGCUUGGCUUAUGCAACAACCAUACUGGGAAUGAUUUCAUCACCAGAGAUGGCAUGGAAAUUACAACUCCUGAAAUAGAGGAAGAAAUGCUGAGUCAGUUUGCUGAGUCAUGGAAAGUAUCGGCCAUCGAGGGAGACCGAUUGUUGUUCAACAAUAACACUUGUAGCAUCGCUUAUAGAGGGUUAUUAUCAUCACAAUCACAAUAUUGUCUCCUCUUCCGCGGAACAAUUAUUAAAACACAACCAAUAUGGUCGUUCUCUAACUAUGACAUAACACUCGAAAUGGACGUGAAGAUUACAGCCACAGCGGGGUCGAGAUGUUUUGAUGUUCUAUCUUACAACAGAGACGCUGAUAUCUCCCUUAAACUGCGCGCAUGUGUUGAAGAUUCAACCAACCAAGCUUUCUUAAGAGCAACAUACUACUCGCCAAACAAGAACGGCCUACAGUCAGCACAUAUGUUAUUUGAUUAUCAAACUACGUUCAAAAUAUAUUUGGACUCUUGGUAUCGCGUUGCUAUGACUUGGAACAAAAAUGACAAACUUCUGCAGAUCAUAGCAUUCGACAACGCUGAUUCAGUUGGUCUUGUUUCACGAUUCACAUUCUCGGGUAUUGGGGAUGAAAACUUGUUCCAACCUGGUGGUUUCAUAUCAUUAGGCCAGUGGGAGCUACCUACAAGGACCUCAGUUGCUGAGAGCAUUUGGAUCAACCAAGUUGCUUUAUGGAAGAGUGAGCUAACCAGAGAUGAGAUUAGGAACAAUAUGAGGAGAGUUGUUAAAGUUUCUGAACCAAAUCUGGCGAACUUAUGGAAAUUUACAGAAGGUCAAGGACUCAUGGUGCAAGAUGUGGUUUCUAACAAUAACUUACAUAUGCUUGGUUAUGGAAGGAGAACUCCUAUCUGGACGCUAUGUUCAGUUAACCAUGUGCAGUGGUUACAAGAAGAUACUAUCUCCACUACACAAAUGAAUGACACCGUACUGAAUAACUAUGCCCAAGUUUGCUCUGACUUGAUCUACAGUGAAGCUAUGCGUGGUACAUGUGGUGGUAUUGGGGCAUCAGUGGCUUUGUAUUUCUAUCAAAGCUGUAAGGCUGAAUGUGCAAGAACCAGGGACAUCACAUAUGCUUCAUAUGCUGUAGCUGCCUAUGCAGAAUACUGCCAAGCUACUUUAUGCUUGAAGACUUGGCCUGCAUUACAACUAUGUUCUACAGCACCACAAUACAUGGAACUGUCACAACAAUGCAGAAUAUUAACCUCAAGUUGUUUAUCUGGAAAAUCUAUUGCACAAGGUGAAUGUGAAUGUUUCCAUGGUUGGUUUGGUUCAGCAUGCCAAUACCAAUGUCCUGGUACUUCACGCAGCCCUUGUAGUGGUGUUGGUGUUUGCGACCAAGUGGAUGGAAAGUGUUCGUGCCCUGUUAACUAUGACCAACAGUCCCCUGCAUGCACACGGUGCGCGCACGGCUAUGCAGGCAAAGACUGCAGCGCUUAUGAGAUUGAAGUGAAAGAUGGCUUGGAACAAAUCACCGCUUCAGCUUAUGGGUUUGGAGAAUAUAUCACCUAUGAUGGACUAAGUUACACCUUGCCGAAAACUGGCGAAUUCUCUUUGGUGAACUCAACAGAUUUGGGAGUCUACUUGCGACAGAGUCGAACACGACGAAGUGCAUCUACCCAACCCAAAACCAAACCUCCACAGCCAACUUACUCAAUAAGUCAGAUCGUUGUUUGUUUGAAUGGAAUCAAACUAGGAAUCCACACACCAUUCCCUAUGACUGGGUUAACUGAAGAACCUGCACACAUUAACAACCAGGGUAUCCCAGAGUUUGAUCCUGUGUUUUUCAUCAACAAAAACAAAGUCAAGAUUGGAGUUGGUUUGGACAAAGGCAUGACUCUUAGUGACGGUUCAAGUGUGGUGAGGCAGUCAGUCGUGUGGACGGAGAUUGUUCAAAACCAAACUUCUCAAGUCAACCCAGACGGAAACAUCACACAGAAUAUUGUUCGAGUCAAUUUACAAGGAACCUUUUUCAAUGUGUUUAUUACAAGUGAUAAACCCCUCGGGCCAACCACAAAUAUAUCGCAAGUAUUGGAAGUACAAGGUGUUGGGCUGAGUGGAACUCCUGAUAAGAAUAUAAAUAAUGAGAUUGUGGAUUCUAAAGGGAAUUAUAUCAAAGUGGAAGAUUUGAGUCGCCAAGUUAUUGUGGAUGAAUUUGCAACGUCUGCGUCUGUGAUCGAUUCAAAUGAUGAGAUGUUCAUUUACAAUGAUAAAGAAUAUUCUGAACCCAGAGUAACAACAGCUGGUGGAAACUGUUUGAGUUUCGUAUCAUACAACCUUACCAACAGUAACACUACAAUGGAGAACUCUACACUUGGAAAUACAACUUCUUCUCCUAAUGCCACGCUACCAUCGUACAUGAUAGUAACCUCAGACUAUCUACCUGAAUCUACAGUGAGCAUAAAGGACAAUGUUUCUUUGGAGUUUUACUUUAAAUUAAACGGAGCCAACAGUUCUGGGGUGUUUUUCUCUUACUUACCUCCCAACAAUACGGAUGAAACUGGAUUUGAUUUAGCGGUUAUUGAUAACGCUAUCAAACUCGGCUGUAAUGGAAGCUGGAUAGAUACAAGCAUAUGCCCCCCUACUUAUAAGACCUUCUGUGACUGGGGAAUGAUUGUGAUCAACUGUGAUCGUGCAACUGGAGAUAUCUGGCUUAUAUAUGUUACUUCAAGUGGGGGUGUUUAUGUUGGCAGAAGGAUUUCAUCAUCUGAGAUUAACUCGUUGACACGAUACGUUGGUGGUGGCAGUGUGUGGUUCAGACCUGGAUCAAGAUUGUCUCUUGGUGGUGGUUCGUUCAUCAAUAGGUUAAACCUUAAUGGUGGAUGGUAUGGAGGUGGUUCCUCUAACACUAAUGGUGGUGGGAGUUCUACACAUAGUGGUUAUUACAAGCCCUUUGGUGGAAGCAUUGAUGAAGUUCAUGUUUGGAAGCGAACCUUUGAUAAAUUGGGUUGUAUUCAGAACUUUGGGAUUAAGUUUGGUUCCAAUCUGUUGUACAGUGGAGCUUCUAAUCAACAUGGAGAUGUAGCAAGUGGGCUUUGGUUCUUAGAUGAGGGGGAAGGACAUGUGUGUACCUCAGCUAUUGCAGGUGGGCCAUCAUUUACCAUUUCCCUUGGUGGUGGUUCUGGUAGUGGAGGUGGUGGCAGUGGUGGCAGCGCUGGUAGUAGUGGAGGCAGUGGCAGUGGUGGUGGUGGUUCAUCUGGUGGCUCUGGUUCUGGUGGUUCUAUCUCAAUAUCUAGUGGAGUAACAUGGACACCAUCUAACGCACCAGUAGUUGGUGUGAUACCCGUGAAUGAUUCACCGGAUUCCUGCAACUGCGAACCAACAGAGCCAGUUACGGAAGUCUUUGAAAACAAUGACACAACAUGGGCUGAAGAUGCAUGUAGAACUGCCUUGGGCCCAAUGAUGAGCAACCCACUGUGCCGAGAUGGGAUGGGAGAUCAACAAGAAGUGUUUAUGCAGAGUUGUAUGAAUGAUGUGAUAACCUACAAUGAUACAAACAUGGCCAAAGUUGCAGCAGAUGCUUACAUUGGGGUUUGCAGGUUCACCUUGAACUUGCCUGACCCUUGCAUCUCCAAUCCAUGUCAGAAUGAAGGUGUAUGCAACAAUGAAGAUGGUACAACAUAUAACUGUACUUGCCCUUGCGGAUGGAAUGGAACCAACUGUGAAAUACAAAUCGAUGAAUGCACGGUCAACCUGUGUCAGCAUGGAGCGCAAUGUGUGGACGAACAAUGUGGUUACCAUUGUGUUUGUACGGCAGGAUAUGCUGGCUUCUAUUGUCAAACACCAUGUAUGGAACCUCUUGGUCUCAACUGCGACAUUCAAGCCAUCCACGAUGACCAGAUUUGUGCUUCUAGUGAAAUGCCAUACGGUCGCAUAUGGUACAUGGCGUGGGCAGCUAAAGAAGCAAGGCUACACAACACCGGAUGGACAAACGCUUGGAUUCCAAGGGAAGACGACUGGGAACCAUGGAUUCAAGUCUCCUUUUAUGAAAAAACUCGUAUUACAGCAAUUGCUACACAGGGUGCUAUGUACAGUGAAUCUUUCUCUAAAAUACCCUCCUGGGUGACGUCUUACUCCAUCAGCACCAGUUAUAAUGGCAGCUACUGGUCAAUGUAUGGUCGGACAUUUGAAGGAAACUUUGACGAGCAAUGCGACGUGAAACGAGAUGUUCUACCUCUAGUUGAGGGAAACCAUAUUCGACUUUAUCCGAUCGAAGCUCAUGAAAAACGAGCUUUAAGAUUUGAGCUUUAUGGCUGCUCUGCUUGUGAUUGUUGCGAUCCGCUUGGUCUUGAAUCUUGUGACGUUUGGGACAGCCAGUUCAGAGCUUCAUCGGAAUAUGGAAAGAACUGCAGGUUCUGCUCCCGCAUGUCCACAGCAUGGCCCUAUUAUGGAAGGCUUAAUUAUAAUGGCUUCAACUUGAACGCAUGGAUAGCAGAUGAUGCAGAUGAACAGCCUUGGCUGGAAGUUGACUUUGUGAUUGCUAAGAACAUCACUGGUGUAAUUACACAAGGUGGCAAACUUAGAUGGUCGCCAUCAUACACCACAACGUUCAAUGUAUCUUAUGGAGACGAUGGCAAGAACUGGACCAUGUUACCUCAGACAUUCGAAGGGAAUUGUAACGCGAACGAAGAGAAGAAAACGAUGUUCGAACGAGCGUUCAUUGCGCGUUAUCUUCGCAUACACCCAAUUACAUGGCGCAACCAUGCUACUUUACGACUGGAAGUUUUGGGCUGUCGGCCCCUUACUCCAGUCAGUGCACAAGAAGAAAGACAAAACGGUCCUUCUACGUUUGAUGGCCAAGAUAUCUUUGGUGGAUUUGAUUAAUUAAACCAUCAAAAAUUAUCCCAUGGUGAAAACGGAAUACGAUUUUUUUAUUAUUACUCAGCAUUUAAAAAGACCAAAAAAAUUAGUUUAAUCGUGUAGAGUACAUUACAUUCUUCAUAAUCAAAUUCGCCUUUGUAUAUUGUCAUUAUAUUUCGUCAUGCUAAUAAACAUUUCGACACAU